CGGUCACCUGACUGGGCCUCUCCGCCCCCUUCAGUGACACGGCAGGAGAGAGGCAGGGAAGGAGGAGGCGGGGCCUCUUGGUGUGCUUUCCUGUCAGUAAUACCCCAAUAGUAAUAGUGGUGCCUUCUGGAAAAAAAAUGAGCGAGAGAUGUGUGCGCGCGAGCAAAGGCUUGGGCAAUAAGGGGGAGCUGUUGCUCGAGGUGAUGAUGUACCCCUGAGGGAGGCGGCGGCGGCGGCCCUCUGCCUGCGCUGGGGUGUGUGGCUCGGCGGAGGAUCAGGCAGCUCCGGCGGCUCCUCCUCUGCACGCCCAGAUCUCCUCCUCUCCUCCUCCUCCUUCCUGCCCACCAAUGUCCCUUUCAAAAUGGCUGGGAUCCCUUUGUAUUUUGUGGAUUUGCAGGAUGACUUAGAUGAUUUUGGAUUUGAAGACUAUGGACCAGAUUGUGAUAGCAUGAGGAUAACUGCGUUUUUGGACAUUCCUGGGCAGGAUAACUUGGCUCCACUUGCACGUCUGGAAAAAUAUGCUUUUAGUGAUAAUAUAUUUAACAGGCAAAUAAUUGCCAGAGGUCUACUUGAUGUCUUUCGAGAUUUCAGUCAUAAUGAAGAAGAUUACUUGACAGUAAUGGCGAUAGUGGUCCGGCUCUCUGAAGAUACAGAGCCUACUGUACGGACAGAACUAAUGGAACAGUUACCACCCAUUGCCAUUUUUCUACAGGGGAGCCGACCAAACUUUCCCACAGCCUUUUCUGAAUAUCUUAUGCCCAUUGUGGUGAGAUACCUUACAGAUCCAAAUAACCAGGUUAGAAAAGCAAGCCAGGAAUCACUGCUGAUAUUAUUGGAACAAGGUCUUAUUGCUCAAAAUGAUAUUGAAGAUAAAGUAUGCCCAAUCCUUUUGGAUCUCUCUGCUCCAGAUAGUGAUGAUGAAUACAAAAUGGAAGCUGUAAAUAUAAUAUGCAAAAUGGCUUCCAUGGUGAACAGAUCAACUGUUGAACGCUUGCUUCUUCCCCGAUUCUGUGAGCUUUGUGGUGAUGGGAAACUCUUUCAAGUCCGGAAGGUUUGUGCAGCAAACUUUGGUGAUAUUUGCAAUGCUGUUGGGCAAGACGCCACAGAAAAGAAUUUGAUUCCAAAGUUUUUUGAGCUCUGCUCUGAUAGCGUUUGGGGUAUGCGGAAAGCUUGUGCAGAAUGCUUUAUGGCUGUCUCCUACACCAUUUCACCUGAAGUUCGGAGGAGCAAGUUGUCUCCCCUUUUUAUCAGUCUCAUCAGUGACCCCUGCAGAUGGGUUCGUCAAGCUGCUUUCCAGUCCCUUGGGCCAUUUAUUUCUACUUUUGCAAACCCUUCUAGCGCUGGUCUCUACAUUCGGGAGGAUGGGACUCUCAGUAUUCGUCCUUCCAGCCCAUGUCUAAUGGGCAACAAUGCACACAACAGGCUUUCCAGUGCUUCUCUUAUCAGUUCAGAGGAUCCCGUGGAAAAUAAAUCUGAAUCUUUGGCCGAGGAGCUUUCUGCUAGCUGCCUGCCUUGUUCUGAGAAUUUUCAUUCAGACGCACAAGAAAGUUCAUCCGUGCAUGUUAGUUCUGGAGUAGAUCAGACUAGAUUGACUCAGAGUGACAAUAUUGGUCCUUGUGUGACAUACAAUAUUAAAGAAUGUCAAGUCAACAAUUGCCAGGGAAUUAACUCAAGAAUCCAUGCUGCAGAAGAUGUGUUUAAUACUUUCUUAUACUGGCGACGUCCUCUUCCUGACAUAAGCCAAGAUUUGGAGCUGCUUCAGUACAAAACAGAGAUGCAUGAAGAGAACUGUUCGGUGUCAGAGGCUCUUUGUAAUAACUGUGUUGCAAGCAGUGAAAUUAAAAAAGUCCUGCAGAGUUUGCAGGAACACAUGGAUGAUCCAGAUGUUCAAGCUCAGGUUCAAGUACUCUCAGCAGCACUCCGAGCUGCUCAUCUUGAUUCUGUCAGUGACUAUGAGAUCAAGCAAAAUGAAGAAAUUAAUGGUAACCACCAGGAAGAUGCGUCCAGUUUAGACCCUGAUCCCAGCACAAUGCAUGAGAGCACCUCGUCUUCAUUGCCAAGUCAGUGUGAGGAGAUAAACCCAUCCAGUCUGACUAUAAUAAAAAAUAUGGACACAGAAGAGCAACACAAUGGGGCCAACAAAACUUCAGAGACAGAAGAGAAUGAUCUACACCUUGAAGAAGAUAAAUCAAAAUUACAGGAUAUCAUACCUCAGCCUUUAUUGGACCAGUAUUUAUCGAUGACAGACCCUGCUCGUGCACAGACUGUUGAUACCGAAAUAGCAAAGCACUGUGCAUACAGUCUUCCUGGUGUGGCCUUAACACUGGGCAGGCAGAACUGGCAUUGUUUGAAAGACACUUAUGAGACCUUGGCAUCUGAUGUACAGUGGAAGGUGCGUCGGACGCUUGCUUUCUCCAUUCACGAGCUGGCUGUUAUUCUGGGAGAUCAGCUCACGGCGGCAGACCUAGUGCCUAUCUUCAAUGGCUUUUUAAAGGAUCUGGAUGAAGUGCGCAUUGGAGUCCUUAAACAUCUCUAUGACUUCCUUAAGUUGCUUCACACUGACAAAAGACGUGAGUACCUUUACCAGCUUCAAGAAUUUGUGGUUACAGAUAACAGCAGGAAUUGGAGGUUUCGUUAUGAACUUGCAGAGCAACUAAUUCUGAUACUGGAACUCUACAAUCCUCAUGAUGUGUAUGACUACUUAAGGCAUAUUGCACUAACACUCUGUUCGGAUAAAGUCUCUGAAGUCCGGUGGAUCUCCUUCAAACUGGUUGUAGCAAUAUUACAGAAAUUUUAUGCCAACAAGGCAAGCUCUCUGGGAUUAAAUUUUAUUAAUGAGCUGAUAAUGAGAUUCCGCCAUUGUUCCAAGUGGGUUGGAAGACAAGCAUUUGCUUUCAUCUGCCAGGCAGUGGUGGAAGAGGAGUGCAUGCCCGUUGACCAUUUUGUGGAACACCUGUUACCCAGCCUUCUAAGUCUGGCUUCUGAUCCUGUGCCAAAUGUACGGGUUCUGCUUGCCAAAGCUUUGAGGCAAACAUUGUUGGAGAAAGCUUAUUUUAGAAGCGUGGGCAACCCUCAUCUUGAAGCUGUUGAAGAAACUGUUCUAGUUCUGCAGGCAGACAGGGACCAAGAUGUUUCUUUUUUUGCUACCAUUAAACCAAAAUACAAUAAUAUACACAUUACUUCACUUGUAAAACAAAACUAACUUUGUUUGCCUUUGUGGACUACAAAACAAUUACUCAGCUAACAGGUACCUGUUUCAGAAACUAACCUGGUGGAAGACCACAUCAAGCAACCAAUGCAACCCAAGAGAAAAGGGCUUGUUCUUAAUCUUGUCACUGAAAUGAGUUCACCUUUUACAAACCAACUGACAAUAUUGAUAUGGAAUACUCACCAAUUGCACUUUUUUUGCUUCUCCUUUCAUGAACAUGAGUAGUAACACUCAUCUCAACGAAGUGUCCAGUAUUCUGUGAAUCUGCCCAUGUGGAAUAGCACAUGUUCAAAGCUUCAGCAUCAUCUCAGAAAACAGGAAUAUGCCUUUCUAAACACACUGACUCAGAUAAAAGAGAAAGCAGUGAUUGCUUGACUGCCAGUUCAGAGUGGCACACAGACUUGGGCUAAUGCUUGUGUUGUCAGUGAACAUAAAAAUGUGGCUUGUCUGUUCUGUUGUGAAUUGUUGUAUAGUUUUAUGGCAUCACACUUUAUUAUAUUAAUUCACUCAAAGCAUACAUACGUGCAUCAGAAACUUUGCAAAUGUCAGAAAACUUGAAUCUAUAUCUGUAACAGAACAAGUCAUUCUUAAAUAAUGCAGCACAGUUUAGUGAGGUUUUUAAAAUGACAGAGGGCUUCACUUCAUGAAUUGUUGCAUUUUGUGGGAGAGAGAGAGAGAGAGAGAGGGGCACUGUAGUGGUCACUUUCCUUCAUUCCUGGUUUUUCUGCUCAGUCUCUUUCUGCUAGAGUUGUGAUAUAUGUAUUCAUGUAAGCUGUUUUUCAAACAACUAACUGAAGCUAUAGUACAUUUGUUGGACCUACCCCAUAGUAAGUGGUUUGGGGCUUGUGGUUAUAAACUGUUAGCCCUUCAGUGGUGGAAUGUGGUUGAGAUUUGUGUUAAAGUUUUUGUGAAGCCUCUUACAGUCUGAGCUGUAGCCACUUGGGAGCCACAGAGUGAAGUUAGGGAAGUAAAUUGAGAUAACACAUUUUACUGGUAUACGGUUCAGAUUCAGAGUUCUUAGAAUCUGGGUCUCUGUACUUUGGGAAUGAGAGUUCUUUUUCUGAAGAUCAGUGGGAAUACAAUCGCUAUAGAUUGUAGUGCUCAGCUUCUUAAUAGGUUAUUGCCCAGGAUCCAAAGGGCUACCCAUAGUUUUCUGUGCACGCAUGGGGGAUUUCCAUCCACUCCCUUCUUACUGCAUCUCCCUCCCUCUGAAAAACCGCCUCUGAAGGUCAGAAGACACUAGAGAGACAUUCCAUUUGGUGUGAAGGGCUUCUGCCAGAAGGCAAAACCAGCAAAGCUCCCUGUCUGCAUUUGGAGGCACUUUGCAAUAACACCAGACUUGUGGGGAUCCAGAGAGGCUUGUAUAUGCAUGAGGACUAUGGUUAAAAUAACGUGAUGUUGUGUUUCUCAUUACCUUGGACUGGAUAUAAAUGGGAGAAAAAGAUAUAACUGGGAAAAGAAAGAUGGAGAAAGAUCAAUGUCAAGCUACUAGGAUACUACAUUAUGUGGAAGAGUCUUGGAAAAUAAGGAGACCCGCUUCACUUAGGGCUAUAUCACAUGUCACAUUCCCAGCUCAAGGAUUACACCUGCAAGAGAGUCCUGUCUUCAAAUAAACUGAAACCUGUGAAUACACAAUAUAUACAACUUCUCUUGGGACAUUUAGAAACAGAUCUCAUGGAAGCAAAUUAUAUGUAUAACACAGGCGUUCAUUAAGGAUUGCUUAAGGGAGUGAUCGAUGCUGAAAUUAAAUGUUAACUUAUGACUGGGCAUAUAUACAAUAGUUGUAUAACUGGAUCCUCUUCAGGUUUCCUUUCCUGGACUCUGCAGCAUUUAGGUAUUUAAAUGCAGAAAACCUCACAAAUCUCUGGCUGUUCUCUUUGAGCAUAACUGGCUCUCAAAUAAUGAAUGUCUGAAAUGUGUUGUAGACAAGCAAUUCUCUCAUUUUAAGGCAAGUAAAUAUAGAGUACACGAGUAAAUAUUGUGCACACGAGCAGCCCAGCCUGGGUUGGGCUGCUCGUGUGUAGAGCUGGGAUCGAGGCUGAUCCUAGUGCUGCCUCCCCCGGAAACCUGGGUUCUAAACCCAGCCUUUAACUUGGGUUAACCGAGGUAGUAUGUAUACUCAGGCAGCACACAGUCCAAGCACACCCACAGUCUGGCACCAAGAGUGGCCGGCUUGAGGGGGAAUCCCUCAGUGCACUGUGCUGCUAGUGCAGUGGGAUUCCUAGAGGCUGGGACUAAUUUUCCUGGCCUCCAGAGAUCUGUGCUACUCGGAGCAGUCAGGAUCAUGUGUGUACAUGGAAGUAUACUGAAAGGGAGAGUAAAGAUAAUCCAGCAGGGAGGUGGUUCCCCCAUGCCUGCCCUUCUCGCAACUGCCACGGUCGUGUGCAUGACCUCAUAUUCUGUUUGGCAUUUGUCUGGUAUCUAAGUAGGUCACAAAAAUGUUCACUUAAACAUCUUUGUUCCAUUAAGUGGUUGUCCUGUCUCUGGAUUGUCAGGUUGGUUCCUAGUAAGGUUUUUUUCUCUGCUUGAUUUUAAAAAAUUGUUUAAUUUUCCACAAUUGCCUACCAAACUCUGGAGAUAAUCCUAUGAGAGAUUGUGCUCCAGCUCUGCAAUACGGUGUCUGGCAUUUGUAAUCACAUUAUUUGCUUUGCAAGACCCUAAAAUAGUUUCUAAAAUCACCUAGAAAUGUAUCCUUGCUGUUUCUGUAUAAAACGUCUAAACUCUGUGAAUUCUGCAACUUGGUUCUACACUCAAAUGUGUUAAUGUUUGGAUCAAAAAUGCCUCUUCAAUGCAAAUGAAUUUUUUAUGACUGCAGUUUCUCCACAAAAAUGUCAAUUUUUUUUGUAGUUUUAAUAUCUUUUUCUAAUGCUAACAUUAUACAAGUAUUUUUUAACACCUUGAAUUUUUCUAAAAUUGUUCUAACCAUUUUUUGUUGACCAUAGCAGGUCAUUCAAUUUUUCAGCACUGAUCUUUUUUUUUUUUUUUAGGUGUACAUAGAAAUGUUUGAAAAGAACUGUAAAUAGUCUGCUGUUUGGACAUUAAAAUAACCGAGUUUUGGCUGCCAUGUUGUUUAGAUUUUUAGGUCCCUUUGCUAAACUAGCCUAUUAAAUAUCAUAAACUUCCAUGUGUCUUUAGAAAGUUGGGAUAGUUUACAUGAUGGUAUUGUUUAGUUAGUUUCACUUGUGCAUGGAUAAGUUGCUGAAUUUAACUAUUGAAGUGACAAAUCAAAAUUUUCAUUAAAGUUAGCACCUUUUUAAUAUACAAAA